AUGUUAAGAUUAGUAGAACCAUGGUUUCAUAGCAGUAGAACAGUUAUCACUGAUUCAUGGUUUGGUAGCACCGACGCAUGCAUUUCUUUAUAUAAUUAUGGUCUUUAUUCUAUUCUACAAAUAAAGAAGUGUCAUUACUGGCCCGGAAAUAUUCCUUAUGAUAUUACCGGUGCUCUUGAAAAUACUUAUGGAUCAUCCAUUAGUCGAACUUGCAAAAUAAAUAAUGUUGAUUUAGCCGGUUCUGGUGAUGUAAAAUUCCGUCAGCCUAUUGUAUUUGAUGAAUACAAUAAAUUCAAGUUAGCUGUAGAUAUAUUAAAUAAUUUACGUGAUAAUGCUUUUUUAUAUCACGAUGUUCUUGUCUCAAAACGUUCCGUAGAUCGUAUUUUUGCCUUUUACCUUUCAGUUGUGAAAGCAAAUAGCUUCUCUGCAUAUUGUCAGUUUGUACUGGGAAAGAAAGACAUGAAACACGUUGAUUUUU